AUUUCAUAGCAGAUCAGCAGAUGGGUAUUCAUCUUUAAACUGUCCCAAUAUUGUUUCUUCUUCUCAGCAUGUUUAAAAUGAAAUUUUGAGUAAUUGAUUCAAGAUGUUUCGACUCAAUCACGCUGCUACUCAGCUAACUUGAAAACAAUGUUAUUUGUCCCUCAUUGUGAAGUGCUACAGAUUUUAAAUGACUCCUUGAAGACACAAGGAUAUGUAAAGUGCUAUCCAUUGAUGCAUGGUAAAAAAGAUGUGCCAGAAACAUGAAGACAAACACAAAACAAAUUAAGCACCAUUUUUUUCAUGGUUAAAACAUGAAUAUAGCAUCCCAAAAUAAAUUUCAAUUAAUUUUAUAUGCUUAGGAGUAGGCCACAACAGUUUCCUUCACCAGAUGAAUGCUCAUCUGUGUUGGAAGCUUCUUCCUACUUCCUAGUAUUUGUAUGCACACUAUGAAGGUUUUGAAUAAUAAUCAGCAGAGUAGCCACUACUCUUUUCCCCCAUGGAAUACUGACAAAAAAACUAAGUAUGCAAAGCACUUUAAGAACAAAGUGGCCAUUAUAAUGUCAUAUUACGGAAAAUGGAGUCACCACCGUGCGUGAUGUAUACUAAAAAAGCAACAUUGCCAGAAGUGUUGGGUGAGUAGGAAAACCUAGGGAGGAUCAUUUAACCUGUUGUGAUAUAGAGUUUGCCCUAAACUUCAAUUUAAUCAUUGUUGUCCGCGGGUGAGGAAAGGGUCAGCUGUCAAGGAAGCAUCUCUUAUGUGUUGUUAGAACAUAUGUAUUUUUCAAUCCACCUGUGCGCAUGCAUGUACCAUGUCGAAUAUUAUAUAUUUAUGUAAACAGAAUGGGUAUGACCACGCCUUAGAUGAAAUUGGGUCAAUGCCAUCUGUGCAAUGUAGAUUAUUAAUUCAAUAGAGAUGUCUAAGCUAAAUAGUUAGCGUACUAAGUUGGAAUAACUGGUGGGGAUGAGACAUUGCCUAAACAUACACAAUACUGUUUAGAUCUAAAUCCAAAUCAAAUUAGUAAAUUACUCACUAGUAAAAUGUUCUGUCAGAAUACUUGAAAUUAAGGCCAACAACACUUGUGCAAAUGCAUAUAAUAUAUUUAUAAAUUAUAAUCAUCAUGGUCAAAACAGUUGGACUAUGAACUGGGAGGACUGGUGGAAAGGAGACAUUGCCGAAAAUGAAAUAGUAUUUAAAGGUAGAUCAAAUCAUGUGUCACCUGAGGAGUACUCGACAUUCCUCAUGGCUUCCUCUCCUAGUGGUAUAAAAGAAGCAGAACCCGCAUAAAGAAGCCAGGCAUACAUUCAACUUCAAAACUCAGAGCUUUCUUUUUCUAGUGCCAAAAAAAAUGGCUCCAUCUUCUUACCACAUUCGCUCUAACAGCAUCCCAGACAGAUCACACCCUGUCCAAGUGGAACUCAAGGAGCAAUUGAGAAGAUUAAGAUCCUCUGAAGCCACCUCUACUUCAUCAUCAUCAUCAAUCUGCCACCAACUAAAGGGGCUUCAAGAUCUUCAUGACUGUGUCAAUAAGUGGCUUCUAUUACCCCUUACACAGCAAUCAUUAGCCCAAGGACAGCAUGAGAAAUGGGUUGAUGAGCUGUUGGACGGAUAUCUCGGGCUCUUGGAUGUGUGCGACACUGCUAAGGAUGCCUUGCUGCAAAUGAAAGAAUGCUCUCAAGGACUUGAGUCAUCUUUGAGGAGAUGUGGAAGUGAGCCAAGGCUGCUUGCAAGUGCGGUUAGGAGGUACUUAACCACCAUCAAAGCAGUGGAAAAGUCAAUCAACAAGGCCCUGGGGAAAUUGAAGCGUCUGGAAGCAUCUUUUCCUAAGCACCAUGACAGCAAUGAAAUGGAUAGUGUGCUGAAGGAUGUGGAAGCAAUCACAGUCAUGGUAUUGGAAUCCUUGCUGUCCUUUAUUUCCUCCUCUCAAAAGACAGCAACAAAGCUAAGUGGUUGGUCAUUGGUGUCCAAGUUAUUAAAGACUAAAAGGAUUGCAUCUGAGGAAAAUGACAAUACAAAUGAAUUUCAAAAGAUAGAUGUUGCACUUCAGACCCUCACCAGUGUCAAGAAAGAAAAAUCUGAUAGCAGCAAGCAUGUGAAGGAUGUGCAAAACCAGCUCAAAGAUUUGGAGUUGUGCAUUCAAGAUCUCGAAGGAGGCCUUGAGAGCCUCUAUAGGCAUUUGAUCAAAACCAGAGUCUCUUUUCUCAACAUCAUCACUCACUAGUUU